AUGGAAGCUCUACAGGCGCCGAAUAAUGCCGCGGAUGAGCAGGAUAAGAGCCUGAUAAUUGAAUCAGAUAUCUCGCCAGACAAGAUGGGGAUAAUAUCGAUGGCCGCUUUGCCACAAAUAUCAGAGGAUCAACCAAAAACUAACGGCGUGCACUCCAAUAUCAACCAUCAGAGAAAGGAAGAAAGCCAGGACUCGAAUGCAUCUGAUGGCAAGUCUUCGUCAUUGUCCUUUUCCUCGCUGCCUUCCUCUUUCCCCCCGUCAUUGGCAAGCUCUUCUUGUCCUAGCGAGCUAUCGCGGGAACCUAGGUCAGCGGGGGAUAGCCAUGAUGCUCCCAAUGGAUCGACGGCGUCGAUAUCAAUUAAAUCGAUAUUGCCUUCCGCUUCACUGAAUACACGGCUAAAAGCAGCCGUGCCAGUCUCAUCGGCCUUACCCACGGACUACGCUACUCUAUCAAGCAGGGUAAAGCCGAGGUCGUCAAUACCUGCACGCACCCCUUCGUCCGUAUAUGGGCAGCAAUGUGUAGAAUCGGCUUACGUCUCCAGACUGAACCCAUACGCCCUUCACAAAGGCGAGCAGGAGUUGUUACAAGAUCACUUGUGCCAUCUCCAUGUCACCGCGUACCUCAAUAUCCGAAACGGUAUUUUGCGCCUAUGGUCACGCAACCCUAUGCUCAGCGUCACGGAAGAUGAGGCGCUGGGGUGUGCAAAGGAUUGUCGAUGGAUGCCGCUUGCGUCGGUUUCGUAUAACUGGCUCGUUCGGAAUGGGUAUAUAAAUUUUGGCUGUGUCGAUAUCCCAAAGUCACCAUCAACUCAGAAACGUGGACGUCGAAAGGAUGGCCCGACAAUUGUGAUAGUGGGAGCUGGUAUGGCUGGAUUGGGGUGUGCUAGGCAGCUACAGGGGCUCUUUCAGCAUUACUAUGGCUGCUCCUCGUCCCUCAAAAUAAUCCUCCUCGAAGGCCGGAAACGAAUAGGCGGCAGGAUAUACUCCCAUCCGUUACGGAGUUUGGAAACAAACAAAUUACCCCAAGGACUUCGGCCUACAGCGGAAAUGGGGGCGCAUAUCAUUGUUGGGUUUGACCAUGGUAACCCCCUAGACCCCAUUAUACGUGCCCAGCUUGCGUUGCGUUACCAUCUACUUCGGGAUAUCUCAACUAUUUAUGAUACGGAUGGAUCUGCAGUCGAUGAGAUGAAGGACUCCAUGGCAGAAAAAUUAUACAAUGAUAUCCUGGAUAGGUCAGGAACGUAUCGGCACAAGGCGGUUGUCACUCCAACCGCUGAAGGAGAUAGAGAAUUAAUCGAUUCCGGUCGAGAUACUUCCGCUGAUGACGGGGUAACGAUAAGGGAAUUUGAAAAUGCUGCAGCAUCCGGGACCACUGGAACCUUAUUGCCCGCGGCCCGACUUCGACGAGGUGUUGGACACAAGACUACAGAUAUCAAACCGAUAGUCGGACCCCCUCUAUCUGACCUUCAGCCUACAAAAGAGCAUUCAGCAGCCGUGAGCUGUCAAGCUAUGGGCUGGAAACUAAAAAAUAAUGUUUCUAGUGCCGAUUCGCUAUCCCUGGAUGCUAUAGCCAAGGUCUCCGAUACCCAAAAUCUGGGUGCAGUGAUGGACGAUGCCAUAAAUCAGUAUCAGAGUCUCCUCGAACUUACUCCGAAGGAUAUGCGGUUGCUAAAUUGGCAUUUUGCUAACCUCGAGUAUGCUAAUGCCGCAAGCGUUGGCCAGCUCAGUCUAUCUGGCUGGGACCAAGAUAUGGGCAACGAGUUUGAGGGAGAGCACGCGCAAGUUGUUGGCGGAUAUCAGCAGUUACCGCGAGGCCUAUGGUCGCUCCCAUCAAAGUUAGAUGUUCGUACCAAAAAAGCCGUAUCCAAAAUAUGGUAUAACACCGACUCGGCACCAAACGAAAAAACUCGAGUUGAAUGUGAGGAUGGGGAGACUAUCUACGCUGAUAAGGUGGUCUUUACAGCGCCGCUUGGUGUGCUCAAACACUCGUCCAUCAGCUUCACCCCGCCACUUCCUGAAUGGAAAACCAAUGCGAUUGAACGCCUUGGCUUCGGGCUAUUAAACAAAGUGAUCCUUGUCUUCAAUGAGCCGUUUUGGGAUGUGCAAAGGGACAUGUUCGGUCUACUAAGAGAACCAAAGGUCGAGGACAGCAUGUCCCAAGACGACUAUCGUGCAGGUCGUGGGCAGUUUUAUCUCUUCUGGAAUUGUAUUUCGACCAGCGGUUUACCCAUGCUUAUUGCUCUAAUGGCUGGAGAAUCAGCCCACAAGGCCGAAAAAUUGUCUGAUACCGAGAUUAUCAAUGGUGUAACCGCUCAAUUAAGGAAUAUCUUCAAAGAUAAGACAGUUCCGGACCCCCUUGAAACUAUUGUCACGAGAUGGGGACAAGAUAGGUUUGCUAGAGGGAGCUACUCUUAUGUAGCAGCGAAUGCACUCCCUGAUGACUACGACGCAAUGGCUAAGUCGAUCGGCAGUUUAUAUUUUGCUGGUGAGGCGACAUGCGGAACCCAUCCGGCAACUGUGCAUGGAGCCUAUCUCUCAGGGCUACGUGCCGCCAGUGAAGUUAUCGAGUCGUUCCUUGGUCCGAUUGAUAUCCCAUCCCCCCUCGUACCUGCAAGAAGCAAAGUAUCAAAUAACGCUUCGAUCCCGACCACACCGACUACCACCUCCCCUCAGAAGAAGCGAAAGGCCGUAUCCACACCCAACGGCGUUUCUCACACCGCUCCUUCCACACCAACCGCACCAGCAUCUGAAGAUGUCCUUCGAAAAGCAUAUGAUGAAGCUAUGUGGGCUGCCAUCAUCUCCGAACUCGGCCCAGCAGAACCUCGCCCCCGUAAACUUGCCUUGAAUCCUUUCCUCCUAUACCAGAAAGACUACUGGUACAUUUGCAAAACAGAAUGUGAUAACGCGAAAUACAAGGCUACUGGGAAAGAAGGCGCAAAGGCCCCUCGCGACGAAAUCCGACAAGCACUUGGACAAAUGUGGCGCGAUGCCAGCGAGGAGAUCAAGAAGCCAUAUCUAGACCAGAUGGAGGUCCAUCGACGAACGAACGAUGAGGAUUUUGCGAAGUGGAAAGAUCGUGUACUCGAGUGGGAGCGGAGGACGUAUGAGGUGAAGGACCAGUGGUGCGUCGAGAACCCAUUUGAGACCUUUGCGCAGAAUAUGAAGGAUAACUAUCCAGCAAAUGGGAUACAAGAUGGUAGGCAGAAGAUGAGGAGGACAUGA